UUGUUGUUCUUCCUGCCUGGCGGAGGGAGUGGGGCUGUGCUGACGGCUGGGAGGACGAGAGACGCGACAAGAAAGCUUUUAGAAAGACAUAAUUGAGAAAGGGAAAGGGCCCUGGGUUCCACCGUCGGUCGGGUUAAGUAUCAACCCCCUUCAAAUUGCACGUGCAAUUGUGUGAUCAACCCCUAAACCGCGGGUGAAAUGUCGUCGUCUACCAGUCGUCAGCUUAGCGAGAGCAGGGCCAUUCCGACCAGAACGGUAUUGAUCAACGAUACAACGCAGCUACCUCAUGACUAUUGCACCACCCCUGGAGGCACUUUAUUUUCGACCACUCCUGGAGGGACCCGGAUCAUAUACGACCGUAAGUUCCUGUUGGACCGUCGUAACUCCCCUAUUGCCCAGACACCCCCUGCUCACCUGCCCAUCAUCCCGGGGGUGACCAGCCUCAAUGUCCUGACUGAGAAUGGAAGAAACGAGGCCAACAACCACAUCAAAUCCCACAACAGUCAUGGCAAGACAGCCACUGGUGAGGAUGCUCAGUUUGAGAUGGAUAUCUAACUUCACCUGAAGAACCUCAUUGGAACACCAGUAGAAGAAACUGACCUGGUACCUAACUGUUCUGUGUGCCAGUGGCUUGGCUUGUAAGAACCAAUGUUGUGAGCACCCACUUCUCUCACAGCGCCAUCUUCUUUAGCUAUCUGUUUUGCUGUUGCUGGGUGUAAAUUAUGUAUGCCAUGUGAAUAAACUCUACCAUGUAAUACGGUAACUAUAUGGCCAACAUGGUCUUAUACUCUGUCCAGUGUCCAUGCUAGCAUACCAAAAACAAAGCUUUGUAUUUGACAUGCAUCAUAUUUUGGAUGGUAGUGUGGAUAUUGGAAUGUAGUCUGUAUUGUUGUUGCCAGCUCCUCUAUUCUGUCAAGCCAUAGUUUGGCACAAUGGUGAAAAAACAAACAGGAGUUGGCCACAGUACACAUCCAACAGGCUAUCAGGCUAUGGCCAACCCUGUUGCUGGAGACUUUGUGGUUCUCUUUGAACAGGUCUCAGCCAGGCUUCCAAUUGCCAUAUAUUUAUUGUAUUCAUCUCAGCCUCACACCAAUGUAAAGGGCCUGAAACCAAGGUACCCAGAGAUAAUAUCAGAGAUAUUUCAUUAACGAAAUGUAGAUGCCCAAGUCAUCGCGGAAAUCUAAGCAUUCUGUAUAUCUUUGAGUCCAUUCUAUGAGAGCACACUGUAAAUGAAGCCUUCUUUACCACUAUAGACUAUUCAUAAUGUGUCCCAAAAACUGUACAACAUUUAGUACUUUAUAGAUUUCUAAAGCAAGGUACUUGCUUUAGAAUCAUCAGUCAAAAAGGAUUGAUAUAACUUAUCAAAACCUUUUCAUUCAACACAAUUAGUUUGGGUUACAUUUUUUAUUAAACUACUACAUACUGGAUAUGCUUCAAGACCUCUUACCUUUUUUAGAUAACCAGCAGUAAUAAUAAGCAAUGUGACUGAUACUUUCCGAUUAGCAGAGAAUGUCAUAAUCAUUCCAAGCCUUGAAUAACUAUCCACCAAUACAAGCCUGACUUUAUGUUGCGUUUUAGGUAAUUCUGGUAAAUAAUUUUUAUAAAUAUGUCCCAUUUGGAAAAUCUAGCAUUUUGCUUUGUGGGGAAGGUUUGAUGGAUUUCCAAAUGAAAGGAGCCAUUUCAUUCAUACAUUACUUCAGACUAUAGCUCAUUCCAAACAUAGUCAGCUAUUUUUUAAAACAUUUUAAUUAACUACAUAAAUGACUGAAGAACAUUGAAAUUUAGAGAUUUGAAAGGAACGUUUUUGAACUAGAAUCAUUUCAAAUAAUUUUUCUAUGCAUUUUAUGUCUACAUACAUUAGCCUAUUUCUAUGUUGACAUGUAACUUUUUAGUAUCAAAAGCCAAAUGGAUAUGAAAGGAGGAGCUAAGGUAAUGUGUUUUCAUCAGACAUUGAUAAUGUAUUCCAGACAAACCUUCCUAAUGUAAUGGACUACACUUCUACAAUCUUUCUGAUCUUAUACUUUUUUCACUCUACUCUGAUAGGUUUCUCUACAUAUGCCUUACUGCAGUACUCACCAAACUGAAAGGUUGGGACUAAAAAGCCAUUCCUUUUCUACCAUUUCCAAUGACCCUAAACCAGAAAAUAGUUUUAUUUUUAAUCAUGCACUUGAAGCAAAAUUAUUUUUUAAAGACAGUAUUUUGUUAUUCUUCUGUCAGCAGCUAAGACCAUGUGGGGUUUGAAUUAGGAUCAUUAUAGUUUCGGAUAAUUGUAUUGAGUUCAUUACCAUUAUAACUAAUCACUGUCAGCUAUUAAAACACAUGUUCAUUCAAUCUCUGUGGCAUCUCUUACUCAGAUUAUAUUCAGAUAAUUAUUAUGCAUUGAGGGUAAUGUUUGGAUUUGACUGAAGGAAAGAAUCAUGUGUGUCUUAGAAAAUUGGUUUUGAUCUACAUUGAGGGCUUUUACAUUGUAUUUUGUUUCAAAAGAGAUUUGAAUCCACCAACCUAACUUUUGUUUUGAAUUUGUAUUUACUUUAUUUUCAAACAAAUGCCAAUGCCAGUGGACACUGUUACAGCAAGAUCAAUAAAGUUCUUUAAGAUGAGGAUUAUACUGUUA